AUGCCGGAGAUGCCUGGGCUGGGAGCAGGGCUGCCUUGCACGCCGUGCGACUCCCGGCUGCGGAAGGCCAAGGAGAAGGUGAGCGAGGAGGAGGAGGAGGAGGAAGAGGCACCAACGAAGGCUCCUCCAGACCCCCCAGUCCCUGAGGAGCCCCCAGCGGGUGAGAGGGAGCGACCGGAGGAGGAAGAAGAGGAUGAGGAAGAAGAUGGGGACCUUCUGGGUGGCUUCGAGAAGGAGCUGGAGGCCGCCCUGCAGCCCCGGGAGCAGAUGGCCCAGCUGAAGGAGGGGGUGAAGACCAAGAUGGAGGAAGAGUUUGACAACAUCAUCAACGAAGUGGAGGACGAGCUGGAGGCGGAGGGGCUGAAGGGGGAGUUUGACCGAAACCAGGCAUCCAAAUCCUUGGCCUCCACCCUCAACCGCCUGAUGGACAAACUGGACGGGGGCAGCCCCGGCCCUGGAGGGGAGAAGGAGGAAGAGGAGGGGGCCGGGAGGAAGGCCAGCCCCUGCCCCCCCGGGCAGGGUGACACCUCUUUGUCAGGGUGGAAGUACAGCAGCAGACUAGAGGCUUAG